ACCGUUCAAUCCUCUUAUGCACUCUUCGAAGCUUUGAUUUUUUUCUUUCCUACAAAAUCUUCAUCUUUUCUCCGUCUUACUCAUUCACUUCACACUUCACACUUCACACUGAUAAUCUCUCUUUCUAUCUCUGUUUAUCACUUCACUGAUCUCAUUUCAGAAACAUGUCGACGUCUGACAAGCCGGAAGUAGUGGAAAGGGGUACUAAGGAUGAGAAGCACAAAGAUGAUGAUAAAGAGGAGGGUGAGAAGGGUGGAUUUAUUGAGAAGGUGAAGGAUUUCAUUCAUGACAUUGGUGAGAAGAUUGAGGGGGCUAUAGGGUUUGGGAAGCCAAGUGCAGAUGUUAAAGCAAUCCACAUUCCCAAGAUCAAUCUUCACCAGGCAGACCUUGUUGUUGAUGUGCUUGUAAAGAAUCCUAAUCCGGUGCCGAUCCCUCUGAUUGACAUAAACUACUUGGUUGAGAGUGAUGGAAGGAAGCUAGUGUCUGGAUUGAUACCGGAUGCUGGCACAAUUCAUGCGCAUGGAGAGGAGACUGUCAAGGUUCCGGUUACUUUGAUUUAUGAUGACAUUAAGCAAACAUAUGAUGAUAUUCAACCGGGGAGCAUCAUUCCUUAUAGGUUGAAGGUUGAUCUCAUUGUCGAUGUUCCGAUCUUGGGGAGGCUGACUCUACCUCUGGAGAAGACUGGAGAAAUCCCCAUACCUUACAAGCCAGAUAUUGAUCUUGAGAAGAUCCAUUUUGAUAAGUUCUCUUUCGAAGAGACAGUUGCAACUCUUCAUUUGAAAUUGGAAAACAAGAAUGAUUUCGACCUUGGCCUCAAUACGCUUGAUUAUGAGGUUUGGCUUGGUGAUGUCAGCAUUGGAGCUGCUGAACUCACCAAGUCUGCGAAAAUCGAGAAAAGUGGCAUUAGUUACAUUGAUAUUCCAGUUACCUUUAGGCCCAAGGAUUUCGGCUCUGCAUUGUGGGACAUGAUUAGAGGAAAAGGUACAGGUUACACCAUGAAAGGGAAAAUUAAUGUUGACACUCCCUUUGGAAAAAUGGACUUGCCCAUCAGCAAAGAAGGCGGUACUACCCGUCUCAAGAAGAAGAAGGAAGAUCGUGAUUAUGAUGAUGAUGAUGACGAUGACGACGAGGAGUGAAGUAGAAAUUGUGGCAAGUUAAUAGAAGAUGUUGUUUUAUUUGCAGCAUAUUUCUAUUACAAUGUCAAUAAGAAGGGACUUAGAGGCAUUACUUUUGAUUUCUGUUGGUUAAUGAUGUAUCUUGAGAGAUUAAGUUGAUAUUUUGAAAUAGUGAUGUAUCUUAAGAUAUCAAGUUGAUAGUUGAAUUAUGUACUCUUGUCUUGUUGUGGA